CGUGGGUUAAAUCCACGCACGCGACACACACUGCCAGCUGAUACUGCACUGACAGCAGAAGUCCGCUCCCGAGCGCUUUAACACAUCUUUGUCAUCCUCUAAUAUAAACGAAGACAUGACGAAUGUGGAGUUUAGGGUAAUACAAGAAAAGUAUGCUUGACGUGGGAAAGUGGCCAGUGUUUGCUCUCCUGCCCCCAGAAGAGCUACGGCUCAUCCGUCAAGCCUGUGUGUUUGGCAAUGCUGCCAGUGAAGCCAUCUAUGUUACAGUCAACGAUGAGGUGUUUGCACUGGGGACAAACUGCUAUGGCUGCUUGGGACUUGGAGACACACAGAGCACCAUUGAACCCAGGCGGAUCGACAUCUUAUGUGGCAAAAAAAUUAUCUCUUUGAGCUACGGCACAGGACCACAUAUAGUCAUCACCACCGCAGAUGGAGAGGUUUAUGCCUGGGGUCACAAUGGCUACAGUCAGCUAGGAAACGGCACCACCAAUCACGGUCUGACCCCUGCCCUGGUGUCCACCAACCUUAUCAACAAGAGAGUAACAGAGGUGGCCUGCGGUUCUCACCAUACCAUAGCACUCACCACUGAUGGAGAGGUGUACGCCUGGGGCUAUAAUAACUCCGGACAGGUGGGCUCGGGCUCAACAGCCAACCAGCCCACCCCUCGCAGAGUCAGCAGCUGUCUGCAGAACAAGGUGGUAGUCAACAUUGCCUGUGGACAGCUCUGCUCUAUGGCUGUACUGGACAAUGGAGAGACUUAUGGUUGGGGUUAUAACUGCAAUGGACAGCUCGGUUUGGGCAACAAUGGCAACCAGCAAACCCCUUGUCGAAUUGCUGCGUUACAGGGAAUAAACAUUGUACAGGUUGCAUGUGGCUACGCACACACGCUGGCACUUACAGAUGAAGGAUUUAUUUACUCCUGGGGUGCAAACUCCUACGGACAGCUAGGUACAGGCAACAAGAGCAACCAGGCCGUGCCCACCCUAAUCAACAUGGACAAAGAGAGAAUGGUGGAGGUGGCUGCAUGUCACACUAGCCACACAUCAGCAGCAAAGACGCAGAGCGGUCAGGUGCUGAUGUGGGGUCAGUGUCGGGGUCAGGCCGUGGCAUACCCUCACCUCACACAUUUCACCAGCACAGAUGACGUUUUCGCCUGCUUCGCUACGCCCGCUGUCACCUGGCAUCUCCUGUCUGUGGAUGGAGAUGACUAUCUGACUGUCGCCCAGUCACUAAAGCGUGAGUUCGACAGCCCAGAAAUCUCCGAUCUCAAGUUCCUGGUUGACGGGAAGUGCAUCCAUGUGCACAAAGCUCUACUUAAAAUCAGGUGUGAGCAUUUCCGGGCGUUGCUGAACGAGACGGAUGAAGAAACCAUAGAGGUUCAUCAGUUCUCCUAUCUGGUGUACCGCGCCUUCUUGGAGUACCUGUAUACUGAUACCAUCAACCUCCCACCUGAGGACGCAAUAGGUCUGUUGGAUUUGGCCACAUAUUACCGUGAAAGCCGUUUGAAGCGACUGUGUCAGGAGACCAUAAAGCGAGGCAUUACAGAAGAUAACGCUAUAACACUACUCUCAGCUGCUGUCAAAUACGAGGCACAGUGUUGGUUUUCUUUCUCAUUGAUUCAGUCCACCCACUCUUCAUGUGCAGGAUCUGGAGGAGUUCUGCUUCAAGUUUUGCGUUAACCACCUGACGGCCGUCACGCAGACACAGGCAUUCACCGACAUGGACCAUGACCUGCUGAAGAACUUCAUCAACAAAGCAAGUCGCCAUGGGGCCUUCAAAAACUGAGAGAGAUAACACGGAGGUCAAGGCUGUAGAGGGGAAUUCUGCCCUGGCUUUGCAUGUUACCUCAAAUACUUCAGUUUUGGAAAAGAUAAGCCACAUUUCUGUUAUUUGACCAUGAAGAUUUUGGCAAGCCUCUGCACUGGUUUUCAUCUGUGGUCCAGUUUUUGUAAAUCACACCAUGUGGAGCCCUCCAGAACGGAUGGAUUUUAAAACAGUCCACCGUGGACCUGAAGAAUAUCAAAUGCUUAUAAUGAAGGAGCUAAACAUGAAUCAUGGGAUCAGGUGUCGUAUGUGUAAAGGAUUCAUAAACAAAAGGGAAAAACAUUUCAUGUAAGAGAUGGCAGUAUGUAAUGCUGUCCUGAGUAGUGGUGACAUUCGUUUGCAUUAUAUUAACAGUAUUUGUGGUUUGGAAGAUUACAUUUAGCCAAACAGGUUGUCCACAUAUUGUGUGCUGGACAGAUUUAUACUAAAAAGGCCAACAGAUGAACCUUCUGUAGGCUUUUAAACAUGUGUCAUAGGAUAACAUUAAUUAUUUUCUAUUUUAUUCUGGCAUUUGAAGGAUAUUUGUGGACCACAAAACCAGUUAUAAGUCGCCAGUUAUUUGUAGCAAUAGCCAAUAAUAAAUUGUAUGGGUCAAAAUUAAAUUUUUAUGCCAAACAUCAUUAUGAUAUAAGUUAAAGGUCAUGUUCCAUGAAGAUAUUUGUAAAUAUCCAAAUGUAAAUAUAUAAAACAUGUUUUUAUCAAUAGUAAUAUGCCACGUUAAGGACACAUUUAGAGGUGCUUUUUACAAAUUUUUUUUUUGUUUGUUUGCACCUUCAGACUUUUCGGCCAAACAUUGUCCAACAUUAAUGGAAGGCUUAUUUAUUCAGCUUUCACAUUGUACCUUAUGACUGGUUUUGUGCUUCAGGGUCACAUUUUAAGGAAUUGUCCACCCAAAAAUGUUCUGUCACUAAAAAUGUGUGUUUCUAUAGUUAUAGUUUAUAAAAGACUAAAUGAAGAGUUUGGUUCCAAAACGCAAUAAAUCCAUUUUUACUAAUUACCGUAAAAACAAGUUUUCUAUACCAAGUUUUUUUUCCAAAAUGCUAUAAAUCUAUAUUUAAUCAAUAUAUAAAUGUGCAUUCAUCUUUGCCAUAUUAUAUUAAUUUAGUUGACUAGUGGGAUUAAAAAAUAAACAUGAAUGGCAUUAAUCAAAACACUUACUUUGUCAUAUUAAGAACACUGUCAUUGCUGCUGUUAUACUUGGGACAUCGUCGCUGGACUAUUUUGACAGCGAUCAGCUGUAAAAUUUUUGGUCCUGCUCGAUUUUCGUUGGCUUCAAGUAAAAUAAUGGAAAGUUUUUCAUAAGAUCAAUGUGUUAGCAUGACAGAAGCUUGAUGCUGUCGGGAGAACAAGCAACAGCCGGCAUUUUUUCUUCGCCCGAAUGCAUCUUGUAAAUUAUAAGAUUUUGAUGGUUUACGUUUCUUUUAUGUCACAGAAAAGCACCACAGGUUUAUCAGUGCUAUCAAAAUUACUAUUUUGUUUUUGUUUGUUUGUUGAUCACAAAGUACAAAGUAGAUGUGGAAAAUAGGAUUUCGUGAGCGCCACCAUUAUUGUUUACAAUGCGUGGAAUGGUGCGCUGUGAUUUGUUGAGUGGAUUUAUUGCAUUCUGCAGAGAAGGAGGAGUGGUGUUUAUCACGUUUUGGAAAAAAGGGAGAAAAACAACACGGUGGAAAUCAGAUUUUGUGUAAAAUGAAGAAUUUACUUUUUAAUACUGACCUGACACAAUACUGAUUUUGUCUGUAACAAUUGUUUAUCACGUUUUGGAACUAAACUCUUCAAAUUUAAGUCACUAUUCACUGAAGAACUUUUCUCUCAGUGAGAUUUUGUAAAGAUUUUACUUUUAUAAGAAAGACACAAUCAUGUUAAAUUGUAUAGAAAUAGCUUUGAUACAAAUCUUCUUUUACAUUCCAUGUAAUAAUGAUAUUGUUUGUGAAUAAUAUAAUAAUAAUAAUCUUUAUUGGUAACGCUUUACUUGAACGGGUGUUCAUAAAACUAACAUGACACCUUCAUAAUCAUGACAUGAUGCGUGUCAUGAACAUGAAGGCGAUUUUAUGCACAUUAAGUAUAAUUUGUUCAGUAAUGUCAUUUUUAAUGCAAAUAUGACAUUGUUUGAGAUCUCUUUGUUAUGACAACUUGGCAUAAAUCUGUCAUAAACGUAGCAGAAUAAUUAUCAAACUUAAGAAACUACCUAGCUUUAUGGGUUAACAUUACAUUAAACUGCCAUUUAAAUGUCAUUAAGUGUUAAUACUGUCAAAUAAUUUUAAAAACCUUAACAAAAUGCCAAAUACAUAAAAAACUGACAACUAACAGAACUUGUUCUUCCUCACACAGAGGGUUCUGAAAUUUUCUAUCAUAGAAGAAAAAACUAACAAGAAAUUUAAUGUAUUUAAUGUAAUUUACUAUUUUUCCAGCGAUAUGGAACCUACACUGCAUGGCGUAACCCAUUAUUGUACUGUUUUUAUUUAAUUUUAGGUGAAUCGGUCUCCAAAUGCAAUAAAAUAUAAUUUUAUCAAUUUUAAUUAUAAUUAUUAUUAUUAGCUAUUAUUAAAUGAUUCAAUUUAUUUGUUAAACACAUGACGGAAACCUAUUAAAAUUAUAUU